CAGUCACUACAUCUCGCUGGCAUUAUGAACUCAGAGAAGAAGCUGUGCAUGGAUGAAUCUCUUCUGGAGCAGCCUGUGAAUCAGCAUGCACCAGAGAAUCAUGAUAAUCGUUGCCCCUCGUUGCUCACGGUGGCUGGCUUUGUGUUCUUGACCUUCAACUCGGUCAUGGCCGUGUACAGAUCAAAUGUAGACAUGGGAGCCAUCUUCUUCGUGGUCUUCUCCUACCUGGACCUCGUCACUCUCUUCUACUUACUGCAUCAAUUCGAGAAGACACCACCGUUGUCACCAUGCCGUGAGCACAUGAAGAUGGCAGUGUGGCUGCUGACCACAAUGCUCACUGCGGCCUUCUCAUACAAGGUGGCAGAGAUAAUGCCCUUCCCGGUGCAGGUGCUGGUGUGGGCUGUGGCCGGUCUGACCGUGCUUGGUGGCUUUUACGCCUUCUUCCUGCACCGGGAGGAAACUAAGGCAUAA